AUGGAUGUACAAGACAAUUUAGUGAACAGCAUAGUGGAUUUAUACAAAGAUGGUAAUUGGAAAGAGAUCGUUGACAGCUACCAUGACCAUCCGGAUAGGAACAAGGUGUUAUGGGUGUUUCCCACUGAAGAAAACCUGAAGUUUAUUAACCAGUGUUUGUUGGAGUUACACUGUAGUCAGAUUCUGAGUAUCGGAUGCGGUUGUGGACUGUUGGAGUGGAUCAUCAAUAAGUUUACAGGACUGCCAGUAACAGGAGUAGAAGUAGACAGCGCCUGGUGGCACUGUAAAUACGCCCCGCCCACAUUUAUACCCCUCCUGCUCACUCCUGAAGAAAUAAAUGAGGACGUCAUCAAUUUACUGCAAAGUGGGAUAGAGACGGCACUAUUAUUUUGCUAUUUUAACAACAGACCUGCAUUUGAAGAGUAUAUUAAGCAUUACUCUGGAAAUGUGAUGAUUAUUAUUGGUCCUGGAUAUGGGAAAGGCGUUCAUACAGAUCCGAAGCCUUUUGGAGACGUAAGCAAUGACUGGCAGCUAUACAAAUGGCAAGAAGUGCGAAAUAGCCAAGAUUUUAUUGUUUUUUAUCAAAAGAUCUCUAAAAAUUGAUUUGAAAUUGUAAUCAUUCCAUUAG